AUGCAGGUGCUAGACAACCAAAACAAUAUGGUAGCUUUUUAAACGUUUUCUGUUUUUCUGUUUUAAAAAGGAAAGCAUAGAUGCAAUGGAGGAUUCAAAUGCAGCCACCAAGGAUUUCCAAGCUGAAGAAUCACAGCAGAGAACCAAAAAGAAAUUAACCCCUUCUGAACUUAAAAAGAUGCCAUUACAACAGAGAAGUAGAUAUCUUGCUUAUGAGGAACCUCCAAAGCAUGUAGCUGAAGCUCAGAAAAUUACUAAGAAGAGACUCGUAGAGUUGAAAAACAAACAUCUACGAGAGUCUGCCCCACUAUCAGAAGAGGACAUUUUAGACAAAGAAAAACAUGCAAAGCUCAUUGGACAACUGAAAGCUGCAGAAUCCAGAAACCGAUUACGAAUUAUGCGACUCCGAUAUCAAGCGAACAGAGCACAAGAGAUUAGUCAUUUGAUUUCCUGUCAGCCCAUAGCACUGAAGGCCGUCCGUCUCCAGGCUCUUGUCCCUCCAUACACAGACAACAUAGACCAGGGGGAUCGACUGGACAAACUCGAUAGAGAGAGAGUGGAAAAGCUGUUAGAAGAUACAAAGGGACUCAUAACCAAUAGAGUGCACUGAAUUUUAUCAUUAAAAAAUGAUGGAAAUUAUUAUUAACACCAAGGACCAGCCAUCAGCUGUUCGUGACGAACCACUGUCAAAUAUUGUGAAAACUUGAUGAAUUAUUCAUAUCACCCAUGUUGAACCUCAAAAUGCAGGCAAUAUGUGAAAUGGGACCAGAAGAAAUUGUAGUUGGUUGUGAUGCGUUUCUGUGAUACAUGUCCGUGAUGUGUUUCUGUGGUAUAUUACCUUACAAUACUAGUGGUGUGCGAUUCUGUCUAUAUGUACUGUGUUUCAUUUUAACUUCACUGUUCCACCCGAUAUUGUCUUCAUUUUUCAUAACAGUGUUUGUAGAAAAUGUUGGUACUUGUGUUAAGUCAUUAUUUAAAUGUACAAACACAUAGGAACCGGGGUGGGUGAGUGGGUGGGGGUGAUGUGGUUAUAUCUGCGCACCAUACUUUAGACCAAAAACAUUUCUAUUUGGCCUACUACAUCUAUAUUUAUAUAUAUGUGUAUUUGUAUGUCUUUUAUAUAUAUAUAAUUAUAUUAAAAUAAAAAUAUGCUUGUGCUUCCCCAUUUCUACAGGCUUGAUGUAUAUUCCUUAAUAGUCAACACACAGCUGUAGUCUUGUAUCCUAUUUUAAUUUAAUACAAAAUUUAAUACAUUUAGAUUAUGACUGCUUGGAGGUAAUUCAUGUUUGGAACAUGUAGGGUCAGGAUCCGUAUUUAUAAAUGUAUGUGUGGGGGGUAAUUUGUAGCAUGUUUCCAUCAGAGAACUGUUCAAGCACGCCUGUCGUGGGCACAACAUCAGACUUCGCAAGAGUUUUCUGUCCAUGACCGGCCAUAAAUGUAAUUCAGCAAAACAUGAUAUAAGGCCUCUGAGCACUGAACAUUUUCAUAAACCAUUUACGGGUUGUGCCAAAAGUAUAUUCGGGUAACCCAGUAUUAGUAACCCAUUAUGUCCAUGGAAAUGAUGUCUUAAAUAUAAGGCACGAAGGAAAAAUAGGUUAUGCAGAAUUGGAUUUGUAUGAACGACACACAAACAAAACAAUCGUUCUCACAAUUAUCGGAGACCCUUAAUACUUAUCUACCUAUUUCAAGUAUAUAGGUAGUUAUCAUAUAUUGAGUUAAGUAGUUGUUUGAAUACUGAGCCAGGGUUGUACCUAAUUAAGGUGUAUGGGGGAGGGGAGGAAACAGAAUCAGAGGUGCAGUUAUACAGGGUAUUUUCAAGCAAGACAAAAUUUUUUUUCUUCAUAUUAUUGGGGGGUGGGUGGGUGGGGAUGUUGAUGCUGCCCUUUACAUCAUGGAGGGUAUUUUCAAGCAGGACAUAAUGGGCAAUUUGUUUCAUAUUUGGGUGGGGUGGGUGAGUGAUGCUGCCCUCCUCAUUAGGUACAGCCCUAACGAUUGAAGCUGAACCAAACAUUGCCAGAUGUCACUGUAGCAACAGCAAUUAUACAUGUAGGUUGUAAUACUAUCUCUCUUAGGAGAACACUUAGUUGUGUUGUGGUUAGUGAUUCAUUAUUAUAACGUGUUACAGCAAUAUACUACUCAAAACGAUGGAAGAAACGGGAAUAAAUAUUGUAUGGUGUCAUAAAUAGAUUAAUGAUUAUUAAGAAAAUUCAUGCUUUAUACAGGUUGUCCGAUUGACACAGUUAGAAAUACAAAUAAUUUCAACAGUUUUGUUUAGCAGUGUAUUUUAUUACUUCUAGAUAGUUGCGUACUGGCAGGAAAAGGUUAGAGAAAUAUUUUCUCACUCUACAAGAAAUGUUUAUCUAAUAUAAGAGUAAGAUAUCUAAGACUAUAAUUUGCGGGUGUGGUGAUGGGUGGGGUUUUUUUUAUAUAUAUAUAUAUAUA